AAUUUUGUACAAUGUUUAGUAGAGUUGCUGUUUUCCUGUUUCACAUUCGUUACAAAACACAACACAACUCUCUCUCUACACAUCGAAACGACAGGUUUGCCUCCGAAGGUUCGAGAAUCGUAGUGAUAAAGAGACGUGACCAGAGCAGCAAGUGAACGUUACUCACCCCCACUGUAUAUGUUCCCGCUUUUCCUUUUCCCACAUUUUCAUAUCAAAACUCUAAUCCCCUAUUUCCCAUUUUCAGCCUCAAAAACCCUCACUCCAACUUCGCAACGUUUCUCCACGAUCCGCAGGGAAACAGAAAUGGGUUCUUGGGCUAAAGUAUCUGUUCUGACUAAUCAAUUUAUUCCACGGUCUACAACCAAUACUGAAUCUGGCAUGGACUCCAAAUUGGGAGCUGGUUUUUAUAAAAUAUACAGAAAUACAAACAAAAGAAAACUCGGUCUCUCUUUUGCUAGGUAUAAUUAUAAAGUUAGGAGUACUGGUGCUAUGAAAUUUAGCCAAGAUUUAUCUUAUUUUAAAACCGAACAAGAAAUAGGAACUUGGGAAGAACCAGAUACUGGCAGUGACAGUGAGUGUGAUGAUGAAGAAUUUGAGGAAGUUGAAGAUGAGAACAUUGGAUUUGAAAGUGAUUUAGAGGAGGAAGGGAUGAAGACUUCAGUUGUUACUAAUGUUAAUAUAACUUCAGGGGACAACUAUGAAGAACUUAUUAAGAAAGAGGUUGAACAGCUUUUGGAACCUGAAGAAAGAGCAAUAUUGCGACAGAAUAUUACUCCUAACUUGGAAAAAAUAUCAACUGCAAAAUGGAGCCCAUUGCACACUCUUGUGCUAUCAAUGCAGAUGAGUUGUGUGGAUAAGCUUCUUCAAAAUGGUAUUGAUAUUGAUUUACCUGAUAAGGAAUCUCUUACUGCACUUCACAAGGCAAUUAUAGCUAAAAAAGAAGCUGUGAUUAGCCAUCUUUUACGGAGAGGUGCAAGUCCUCAUGUUAAGGAUAAGGAUGGAGCUACUCCACUUCAUUAUGCAGUUCAAGUUGGUGCCAAGAUGACUGUGAAAUUAUUGAUCAAGUACAAGGCCGAUGUCAAUGUUGAAGAUAAUGAAGGUUGGACCCCCUUGCACCUUGCCAUUCAAAGUAGAAAUAGAGAUAUAGCAAAAAUUUUGUUGGUCAAUGGUGCUGAUAAGACAAGGAAAAAUAAGGAUGGAAAAACAGCCCUGGAUCUAAGCCUAUGUUAUGGAAAAGAUUUCAAGUCUUAUGACCUUGCUAAAUUACUGAAGACAUUUUCACUUGACAGUUAUAUAUGAUGUGCGAGAUGCAAUUGGCCAGAACCAGAUUGAAGUUUCAGUUGAAUGAUAGCUGCUGCUAAUUAUCAAGUAAAUCAUACAUUUGGCAUUCAACCAUCUUUAAAGAUCUUUAGGCUGAAAUGGUGGAAAGUUUUGGUGGAACAAUUCAUUAUCUUCUACACCAAUGAUUACUUGGAUUAUUUUGCACAGUUGAAUUGACAACAUUAUCCUGUCAAACAUAUUCUGCUGAUUAUAAGUAGAGAAUAUUAGGGAUCUGCAGACACGAAGUGCAUGGUAAAUUGCUGUUAUUUUAGAUGAGCUGUUGAAGCCACUUUGAUGUAGCAUUAUUUCAACCGAUAACGAAUAACCUAUGAGGACUCAAAUUUUUAUAGUAAUUAAUUGUAACAAGUAGACGUGGUUCAUAAAUUUCUGUUCUCUGUAAGUGUUACAGUUUAAAGUUGUUUAUAAAAUUUGACUGAUAGACUUUGACAUUUGAUUCA